UUUCUUCAUUUUCUCGUGAGUUCUCUCGUAUCUUAUUCAUUUGAUUUCCGAAAAACGUAUAUAUUUUUAUUAAUAUUAAAAUUUUGCAAAUAUUAUGACAAUUCUACGCAUUGGACAAAUUCUAUUUGUUAAACAAUUGCAAAUUGGUCGAAAACCACAGUAUUUUGCAUCCAAUAUGAAAUAUUAUUGUUCCUAUGUUCCACAAAAUUAUGAAUUCAUUAAAGUGGAAACUGCUGGAGAAAAAAAAAAUAUUGGUUUGAUUACUUUAAACAGACCAAAAGCUUUAAAUGCUCUUUGUGAAAAAUUAAUAACUGAAUUAAAUGAUGCUAUGUUAAAAUUUGAUACUAAUGAUAAUAUCGGAGCUAUAAUAAUUACAGGCAGUGAAAAAGCAUUUGCAGCUGGAGCUGACAUUAAGGAAAUGAAGGACAAUACUUAUGCAUAUAAUAUUAGAAAUAACUUUCUUAAUAAUUGGAAUUCCAUGUCUAGAAUAUCAAAACCAGUAAUUGCUGCUGUAAAUGGAUAUGCUUUAGGUGGAGGUUGUGAAUUAGCAAUGAUGUGUGACAUUAUUUAUGCUGGAGAUACAGCAAAAUUUGGUCAACCUGAAAUCACUAUUGGUACUAUACCUGGUGCAGGUGGUACUCAAAGAUUAACUAGAGUAAUUGGCAAGAGCAAAGCAAUGGAAAUGGUAUUAACAGGCGAACAAAUCAACGCUGAGGAAGCAGAAAAAAAUGGUUUGGUUAGUAAAAUUUUUCCAGCAAAUAAACUUGUUGCUGAAGCAAUUAAAUUGGGUGAGAAAAUUGCUUCUCAUUCUCAAUUAAUUGUUGCCAUGGCAAAAGAAUCUGUUAAUAUUGCUUAUGAAACUACUUUAAAGGAGGGACUUCAUUUUGAAAAAAAAAUAUUCCAUGGUACAUUUGCAACAGAUGAUAGAAAGGAAGGGAUGACAGCAUUCAUUGAGAAAAGAUUACCUAAAUUCAACAAUCAAUAAAAGGCACUUAUUGUUUUAUUUACUUUUAAUAUACAAUUAAAUACUUAUUUUUAUAACAUUUUAUAUAUUUUUUAUAUUUGUUAUCAAAAAAAAAUGUUUUAUUAAAUAUUUUUUUUACAAAAAAAAUAAAAA